CUGUCAUGUCCUCUUUCUGGUUAGUAGUCAGGUUUCUCCUCUCUGUUAACACUGAACACUGAAUUCACUUAAUCUAUUUUAAUCUAAUUAGGUAGUCAUCAUCCAAUUUUUGAAAGUUGUAAAAGGAAUUAGGAUGAGUAAUAUAAAGGAAAUUAGGGAAAGCAGAAUAAAUUUGAGAUAGAGAAAAGUGAAAAUAAGUAUUAAGUUGUAAGGUGUCGUAUAACAUAACCUUGAUGAGAGAUUGAAGAUCGUCGCAGAGCCAUCAUCCAAUGCAACUUUCUACGAUGAGCAGUUAUGGAGCACAAUUUGAUAAACACAAGUAAAACACAAAUCAACAAAGACAAAUACAAUGAAGAAGAUAUCGAUUCAUUUGGCCAUAGGAAAUCAAGUAAUAAACCCAAAUCUAAAAAGAGAAAAGUCAAAAAGGAGAAGAAGAAACAUAAGAAAAAGAGAAAAUGCUCAUCUUCAAGCAGUGAAGAUGACAGCACAAAAUCUGAAUGGGUGGAGAGAAAUGUUAAAGAUCAAGUUUCGUUGGGUACUAUUGAAAAUUUUGUUGAUUGUAGAGCACAAGAUAAUCAGCGUAAGAGAGACGAAUGGAUGAAUAUAGAAAGUUUUAUUCCUUCAUAUCUAUCAAAACCCAAUGUGAAAUCACAAGGAUUGGAUAUGAAAGAAAAAGAUGAGACUAUGAUUUUUUUAAAUAAACCUGGACAAAGUGACAGAGAAUUGAAUCCAUACUGGAGGGAUGGAGGUGAUGGAUUACCUCAAAAUAAUCCUGAAAAAUCUGAUAAUCCAAAGAUUUUGGAUGCAAAUUGGCUAAAAAAGAGUCUUCAGCGAGCCAAGGAACAGGCUUUUCGAGAUGGUAAACAUUUAGAGGAGGUAGCUGCCGAACGUUGGGGUUCCUUGGAAACUAUACAAAGAAUGAUAGUUGAAGCGGAAAGAGUGUCCAAUACUCAACAGAAUAAACUGUAUUGCAAAAGAUAUUACAAUGACAAAAAGGAUGAAGAUUCUCAUUCUCUUACAAUUUUCAAUUCGAGAUUAAGAAAGCAUUUAAAAUCUAGAUCGAGAUCGAGGUCGAGAUCGAGAUCGAGAUCGAGAUCGAGAUCAAGAUCGAGAUCAAAAUCGAGCUUGAGCUUGAACUUGAGCUCUACAAGCAGGGAUCAUGCUGGAAAAUACAAUAGGUCUGACUAUUCGUCGCAACAUUGCUCAGAGUUGAAAAGAACCUAUCGCAAACCCAAAAAUAGCGACGAUUAUUAUCAACAUACUGCCAGUAGUCAUAUGAAAAAUCGUUGGAAAAAAGAUAAAAGCGAUGAAAAGAAAUGUCAAGUUAUCGAAUUACCUGAAUCUGAGUCUACAAAAGUAAUCGAUUUAGGGAAUAUUAGCGGGACGAAUGAGAUGGAUAAAGAUAAAGGCAUUGGUGUUUUAACCGAAGCGGAAAUGAACAAAUUAGGAGCAAGGAUCAUUAAAGCUGAACUAAUUGGUGAUGAUGAAUUGGCAACGCAGCUCAAAAUACAAUUAGAAUACGCAAGAAAACAUAUUGCAUCAUGUAAUGUCAAUGUGAAAGAGGAAAAUAUAAUUCUCACAAAAAUCGAUGCAAAAGGUACGGCAAGACCUCUUCAGCCCAGGAGCCAAUCUAAGCAGGAAAAUUACAGAAAAAAGAAAACUGCCGAGACACAUGUCUCUGGUGAGAGAGUACGUCAUUUUGCAGAUGACGAUAAAUAUUCUCUUCAAGAAAUGUUUCAACGAGAAAAAGGAAGAUCCACGAAUGAAGAUGAAGCAAUCUUUACUAAACUCGCUUCUAAAAGCAUGGAUCAUAUGGAUGAUAUAUUUGAGCGACAAAUCGCACAAACAGAUUCCGAAGCAAAACAAGACAAGUGGGAUCGUGUACAGGCAAUUAAAGAGCACAAGAAUUUAUCCAAGUGUAUGGAUAAUUGUUGGUGGUGCUUUGAUUCGAAAAAUAUGUUAAAACACAUGGUCGUUACAAUGGACUCUGUGAUUUGUCUAAGCUUGCCUGUUUACGCUUCCUUGAGUACUGGUCAUUGCAUAUUGACACCUAUACAGCAUGUGGCAUGUCAGUUGCAAUUAGAUGAAGAUGUAUGGGAUAGGCUGAAGGAAUUGAAAAGAAAAUUAACAAAAAUGUUUACGGAUGAAGAUCUUUAUCCAAUAUUUUUUGAAGUGUACAAAAGACGCUGUAAAUUUUCACAUAUGCAAUUAGAGUGUAUUCCGUUACCGAAAAAGAUUGGCGAGUUGGCACCGAUAUAUUUUAAGAAAGCUUUGUCGGAAUGUGAAACUGAAUGGUCCAUUAACAAGAAAAUUGUUGAUCUAACAUGUAAAGGUAUACGUCAUGCCAUACCGAAUGGUUUAUCUUAUUUUAUGGUAGAGUUUGCUUUACACCCUGGUUAUGCUCAUGUAAUCGAGGACGAAGAAAUGUUUCCACAGAAUUUUGCCAAGGAAAUAAUAGGAGGGAUGCUGGACUUGGAUCAUAACUUGUGGCGGAAACCAAAAAGACAAAGUUUUGAGGAACAAAGGGUGAAGGUAUUAGAGUUCACAGAAAAAUGGAAAAAAUAUAAUUCCUUAUAAUCAAAAAGCAAUUGGUCGUUUUAUUUGACAAAAAUUAUAUAGUUAUGUAAAUUUAAAUAUACUAGUACAUAACAGG